GAUGCCCAGCUACACAGAGACAGCGGGCGAUCGGGCGUCCGGGGACAGGGCGGGGGUUGCAGGGAGAAAGAGACGUCGGAGAUUCUGAAACCCGGAAAAGUUCAAGGUUUGUGCAGGUCUCCCCGGGGAAGGCGAGGAGCAAGGCUGACAAGUGCGCCCCUUUGCUGAGACAGCGAGACCUGGGAGAAGAGGGGGGCGGCCGGGAGCUGCGGUGGGGCUGACCGAGCCCCUCUCCACCCUACUACGUUUACGACCAGGAGGCUGGAGUCACCGCCCCAGGCAGGCAGGGCUCGGGUCAGGCCACUGGCCAGCAUUACAUCUCCCUCUUUUCUCCCAGCCCCAUCUUAAUGGGGCAGCCCUUUCUGGCCGCGCCACCCUCGCCCCAGCCGCGAAGCCGAGGCCGGGGCCGCCGGCGCUGAGCCAGCCUGUGUGCAGCUCCGGCCCGGUGGAGACUGGAGAGCGCGCGCUGGAACCCAGCCUGGAGCUCUGCGAGGGGACAAGCCGCUGGCCGCCCGCCUCGGGCAUUCGGUCCCCGCGUCGCGUGGGGUGGUGGCGACCAGCAUCGCCGGCCUCAGCACUGCACGGAAACUUUUCCUUCUCCAGAUGGAUUAAAGUUGCCCGGAUUUUCUCUUUUCUUUGCGAAAGAAAUCAUUCAUUUGCACCUAACCUGGGGGUUUUUAUGCCGGAGCUGCUGCAGGGUGCUUGGAGGAAGCAAGCCGGGCUAUCCAUGUGGGCUCACUACCGAAACCGAAGAAACUGGGGCUUGUGUUGGAAAUCUGCACCCUCGAGCGAGUUCGGAUUCGAACUGGGCCGCGGGGCUGGGGGACCCGGCACUUGGCUCUAGGUAGCCCCGGAGACGCCGGUGGCCACCGGCCUGGGGACCGCACGUGCAGCUCCCCCCUGGCCGCACAGAUCCUGCAGGGGGCACCAGCCGGGGAGGUGAAGGCUCCUCCCGCCGCCAGCUGCGCCCCCACCGGCUCCCAGGGUGUAGCCGGCGGCGCCUGGGACGCCCCCUCCCCUCAAACUGUCCCCAAAUUGCACUGCUCGGCCCCCGGAGCUUCAGCAGAGACAGCGGGGCACCGCGGCCAUCCUGAGUUGGAUGUGACCAAGCCCAGACUGGGAGCGGAGUCGUCGUCCACUGUCGCCCCCUCGGCCACCACCCGCUCCCUCCUUGGCCAUGGCCCCAGGGAUGUCGGGCCGCGGCGGCGCCGCCCUGCUCUGCCUUUCAGCGCUGCUCGCCCACGCCUCCGGCCGCUCCCACCCAGCCAGCCCCAGCCCCCCGGGGCCGCAGGCCAGCCCGGUGCUGCCGAUCAGCUACCGCCUGUCGCACACGCGGCUGGCCUUCUUCUUGCGAGAGGCGAGGCCCCCACCGCUGCCGGCUGCCAACGGCUCGCUGCAGCGCUCCGAGCCCUUCGUGGUGUUCCAGACCAAGGAGCUGCCGGUCCUCAACGUCUCCCUGGGGCCCUUCAGCACCAGCCAGGUGGUGGCCCGGGAGCUCCUGCAGCCGUCCAGCACCCUGGACAUCCCCGAGCGCCUGACGGUCAACUGGAAGGUCCGGGCCUUCAUCGUCCGAGCCCGCGUGCCUGCCUCGCAGCCUCUGGCCCAGGUGCUGUUCUAUGUGGCCGGCCGGGACUGGGAUGACUUUGGCGUCACCGAGCGGCUGCCCUGUGUCCGCUUGCAUGCCUUCCGAGACGCCCGGGAAGUCAAGAGCUCCUGCCGCCUCAGUGGGGGCCUGGCCACCUGUCUGGUGCAGGCCGAGCUGCCCCUGGCCUGGUUUGGGCCCCCUGCCCCGGCGGCACCACCCACCGCCCGGCGCAAGUCUCUGGACGGGCUGGAGCCCGAGUUGGCGGGGGAGAGCCAGCAGGCCGAGCUCUACUACACUCUCCACGCCCCGGAUGCGUCCGGGGGCUGCGGGGGCUCCCGGCGUGGAACUGGGGCCGGAGUGGGGGCCCGGGCGGAGAGCCCUACCCAGCACCCGCUGCUGCGCAUAGGGAGCAUCAGCCUGUUCCGCCCGCCCCCCCAGAGGACCCUGCAGGAGCACAGGCUGGACAGCAACCUGAUGAUCCGCCUGCCGGACCGGCCCCUCAAGCCAGGGGAAGUGCUCAGCAUCCUCCUCUACCUGGCCCCCAACUCCUCCUCCGCCUCCAGUCCCAGCGUGGAGCAUUUCACACUCAGGGUGAAAGCCAAGAAGGGCGUGACCCUUCUAGGCACCAAGUCACGGAGUGGCCAGUGGCAUGUGACCUCGGAGCUGCUGACGGGGGCAAAGCACUCAACAGCCACCGUGGAUGUGGCCUGGGCCCAGGGGACACCCCUGCCCCCAUGGGACGGCCAGGGGCCCCUGGAGAUCCUGCAGCUGGACUUCGAGAUGGAGAACUUCACCAGCCAGUCGGUCAAGCGGAGGAUCAUGUGGCACAUAGACUACCGGGGCCGCGGCGCACUGCCUGAGCUGGAGCGGGCAGUCACCGAGCUGACCGUCAUCCAGCGGGAUGUGCAAGCCAUCCUGCCCCUGGCCAUGGACACUGAGAUCAUCAACACCGCCAUCCUCACUGGCCGGACAGUGGCCAUCCCUGUCAAGGUCAUUGCCAUCGAAGUGACCGGCCUUGUCCUAGAUGUCUCCGCCCUGGUGGAAUGCGAGUCUGACAAUGAGGACAUCAUCAAGGUAUCCAGCAGCUGUGACUACGUGUUUGUGAGCGGAAAGGAGUCUCGCGGGUCCAUGAAUGCCAGGGUCACCUUCCGCUAUGACAUCCUCAGUGCCCCCCUGGAAAUGACGGUCUGGGUCCCCAAGCUGCCUCUGCACAUCGAGCUCUCGGACGCCCGCCUCAGCCAAGUGAAGGGCUGGAGGGUACCUAUCCUCCCUGACCGGAGGUCAGCCCGGGAGAGCGAGGAUGAGGACGAGGAGGAGGAGGAGCGGCGGCAGAGCGCCAGCCGUGGCUGCGCCCUGCAGUACCAGCACGCCACGUUGCAGGUCUUCACCCAGUUCCACACGACGUCAUCUGAGGGCACCGACCAGGUGGUCACCAUGCUGGGCCCAGACUGGCUGGUGGAGGUCACUGACCUGGUCAGCGACUUCAUGCGGGUGGGUGACCCCCGAGUGGCACGCAUGGUGGACAGCAGCACACUGGCUGGCCUGGAGCCGGGCACCACCCUCUUCAAGGUGGUGUCCCCACUGACGGAGUCUGUGCUCGGGGAGACACUGCUGACGGUGACAGAGGAGAAGGUCAGCGUCACACAGCUGCAGGCCCAGGUGGUGGCCAGCCUUGCCCUCUCCCUGCGGCCCAGCCCCGGGAGCAGCCACACCAUCCUGGCCACCACAGCAGCCCAGCAGACCCUCAGCUUCCUCAAGCAGGAAGCCCUCCUGAGCCUCUGGCUCUCCUACAGUGACGGCACCACUGCUCCACUCUCCCUCUACAGCCCCCGGGACUAUGGGCUGCUAGUGAGCAGUCUGGACGAGCGGGUGGCUACAGUGACCCAGGACCGGACCUUCCCGCUGGUGGUGGCUGAGGCCGAGGGGGCAGGGGAGCUGCUCCGAGCAGAGCUCACCAUCGCUGAGAGCUGCCAGAAAACCAAGCGCAAGAGCGUUCUGGCUACGACCCCCGUGGGCCUGCGGGUGCACUUUGGGCGGGAGGAGGAGGACCCCACCUACGACUACCCCGGCCCCAGCCAGCCGGGACCCGGUGGGGGCGAGGACGAGGCCCGGGGAGCAGGCCCGCCAGGCACGAGGGUGUCCCCGGCGGAGGCCCCAGGGCUGGUCACCGCCAGCCCAGCAGCCCCGCCCACAGAAGAUUUCCUGCCACUGCCCACGGUCUUCCAGCAGAUGCCGCGGGGGCUGACGGACCUGGAGAUCGGCAUGUACGCACUGCUGGGCGUCUUCUGCCUCGCCAUCCUCGUCUUCCUCAUCAACUGCAUCGUCUUCGUGCUGCGCUACCGGCACAAGCGCAUCCCACCCGAAGGCCAGACCAGCAUGGACCACUCUCACCACUGGGUGUUCCUGGGCAACGGGCAGCCACUGCGGGUGCAGGGGGAGCUGUCGCCGCCCACGGGCAACCCGCUGGAGACCGUGCCCGCCUGCUGCCACGGUGACCACCACAGCAGUGGCAGCUCACAGACCAGCGUCCAGAGCCAGGUACACGGGCGAGGCGAUGGCUCUUCCGGCGGCUCCUCCCGGGACCAGGCCGAGGACCCCGCCAGCUCACCCACCUCCAAGCGCAAGCGGGUCAAGUUCACCACCUUCACCACGCUGCCCACGGAGGAGCUGGCCUAUGACUCGGUGCCCGCUGGCGAAGAGGACGAGGAUGAAGAGGACCUGGGGUGGAGCUGCCCGGAUGUGGCGGGCACCCCGCGGCCCGCUGUGCCCCCAAACCUGCACAAUUACAUGCGCAGAAACAAAGAGACUGCAUAGAGGCCCCACGGCCCCACGUGGGGUGGGAGCUGUGUGGGCCACAGCCGGGACCCCUGCUCACCCUGUGGCGGGCGGCUGAUGUCGAUUCUGCGGGCCCUGCCCCCGCAGCUUUGGGCUUCGCAGGGCUGCCACCUCCCUCCUCUGGUCCCUCCCACUGCCUCCUGCUGACACCCUCCUCUGCCACCGCAGGAGGAGGGUGCCUUCCCCAGGAGCUGGCCAGGAGGAAGCCGUCCCGGCCCUCCUUCUACACUUUCCAAACCUUCUCGCAUAAUGGACAAACCUGCCCCAAGAGUGAGGCUCAGAGGCCAAGCCAGGGGCCAGGUGGGCCCACCCCAUGCGCCGCCGCGGCCUCCCAUGCCCCCCAUGUUCCCUCUGUGCUGGGGGUCCCGUGGGGUCUUGUGUCACAAACUGCACAAAGACUUUUCUCAAAUCACUAUUCAGGGAUUUCUGUCCUGCAGGGUGGGGAGGCAAUGGCUGCCUGCCCUGCCACGGAUCUUGCUGUGAACAAAACGUGUGCACGGUGGGGGAACACUUGUAGCAUCUUCUGCCUUUCUGGCACCCCCAAGCCCCUCCCUAGGACCUGGGAGCUGACUGCAGAGGGACCUGUGGCCACGCCAGGCACCUUUCUAAGAGCCCAGGGCUCCCUCCUCUGGCCCCAAGGGCUAUAGAAGGGGCCUGAGGUGGGAGGAGUCUGUGGGCCACCCCUCACCCAGCCACCGCCCAAAGCACCACGGUCUGGGUGGGCCCAGUGAGGCCUGCAUGCCUCCCGUCCACCCCACAGCAAGGCCAACACCGCGCCUUAGCCACUCCAGCUCUGCUGGCCACUCUUUCCUUCUCUGCAGGGGUGGUCCCCGGCCCCCCAUGUGGUGGGAUCUGGUAGGAAGGGGAGAGAGGGCACCAGGGCAUGCUGUGAAGGCCCUCGGGGUGGGCAAGGCAAGGGGGGCUGGGCGUCUCCCUACCCCGCCCCACAGCCACUGUUCUCUCGGGUUCCGCCCACCACUGUGUCCAGUUUUUCUUAAAUAAAUG